UCUGUCUUGCAGUCCAGGCAAGUAGGAAAAGCUAGCAUGACUUCCCUCCUGCAAGAUAAACUUUAUGAGAUCCAUAGUCAGGCUCCUUCUCCCAGCAAAGACUUCCAUCACUUUACCAUCACCAAAACAGAGGUGAUCUGGAGGUCAUGGAGGAUUUCCUUGCGGCCUAAUCAAGAAAAGAUUUUCCCAAAGGAAGUGAGGAAACCCCACAGUGAUUUUUUGCUGGAUGAACAGUUACACAAGCAAGUGCAGAAUAUCUUUGGUAACAAGAUGCUGGAAUACACGCUGAAUUUGUGUCAGGGAUGUUAUGAUUUCCUAACUCGAAUGCCUGAUAACCUGAUUAUGCACAUCCUGUCAUUUCUUAACUCAGAUGACAUCAGAGAGCUGUCAAAAACUUGCAAGAAGUUUCAGCAGUUAUGUAGCAGUGAAGAACUUUGGGAAAGAAUUAGACUGCUAGAAGAUAAACACACUCAUGAUCUGAAGAUGAUGAGGUUCCCAGUUUACAAGAAGCUAACGUACUUCAAUCAAAAGCCCAGUCAUCAGAAGCAGAUGCAGAGAAGACAGACCACAUUCUUUUAAAACUGUUUGGCAAUUAUCAGACUAGACUGACAGACCACACAUCUUUUUUCAUAUUAUGUUGCUAUUGUUAUUAAAAGUCUAUUGUGGAGAUAAAGAGAAUUAUAAUAAGUAAAUAUGAAUUUUCUCUAGAAGUUUAAGAGAUCACAGAGCUUUCCUUUCAUAAGUUAAAACUGAAAGGUACCAUUAAUUUGAAAACCUCAUUCCCAUCUACAUUUUUUUAAAAAUCUUUAUUACAAAUAAUUCAUCAGAAAAAGAUUAGUGAUUUUUAUACCUUUCUCUUUGUGUGUGUGUUUUCUUUGUGCACGUAACAUCAUUUUUGUGUAUAGUCAGUUUCACUGUUUUGUUGAUGUUUCACAGCUCUAUUGGGGCACUAGUUAGACAAAUCUGAAAGCGAACCCGUGGUGUAGCUGACGCCUGCCUAAUGGAGUCUUUGAAAAAAAAUAAAGACAUGAAGGAAUGAC